CGUGGCUAUGUCGUUAUUGGCUAUUGUCGGAAAUUUUCGUGACGCUCGAGGAAACGACGAAAGCUUGCAAUAUGGCGGGUGAUGGAGCAGAAGAAGUUUUGCAAUCAUUGAUAGAUACUCUUGAACUAUGUGUAGGAAAAAUAAAAGGUAAGGUUGUAUAAACAAAAAUGCAAACUCUUUCAGCGUGUUUCAGUACAACAGAUGACAGUGAUUUACCGUAUUUAUUCGAUUAACCGCCCUGGGCGCUUUAAUAUUAAAUUUUUGGACCUUGAGAGUGCAGGGUGGGCGCUUAUUCGAGGCUGGGCGCUUAUUAAAUUUUCACCAUUUUCAGCAAGUGAAGUAUGUUUAUUUUGCAACAAAACAAUAAAUGCUAAUAACAAAAUGCGAAGAAGUAACAAAGCAAGGUUUCUGUAAAUUGCUCUGAAGAAAACCCCGUUCUCGCAGGCCCUGCCAGGGUAAAUUCCGACAAGCGACAUGGCCCAAAAAGUAGCGACAGCACAUAAAAUGAUAUUGACACAAGAGACAACCUCCCUCGGCCAAAUUGCGACAGUGACGGAAAAGCUGACAAUAAGCGACAAGCAUUUAUAAACAACGAGACGAGACAUUUUAAAAUUCAGACGGGCGACAUGGGACCCCCCCUGGCAGGGUCUUUUCUCGGGGAAGUCUCUAAUUAGAAUUUAUUCAUUCAAGUGGGUGGGAUGGGGGUGAGCGCUAAUUUGAGUUUGAUUGGGGGGAGGAGGGGGUGGGCGCUUAUUCGAGGCUGGGCGCUUAUUAACCUUUUCUGCUUUUAGGAUGGCGCUUAUUCGAGGUGGGCGCUAAUUCGAGGUUGGGCGCUUAUUCGAAUAAAUACAGUAUGUCAUUUUAUGGUAUGCCAUACACUUCAAAAGAUCAACAGUAAUGCAACUCAUGUGGAAGAGGUUAAUGUCACUUUUUAAAAUUCUUUUGUUCCUUUUUUUUCACAGAGGGAAGUUUAGGUCAAGUGAUGGAAGACUUGGAAAUGAAUUUCUCUUUGGAGGAGUUUUGGAUGAAAUUAGGUAGAUUAAGGAAGGCUUAAAUUUAAGACUUACUUCUUUCAUUGUCAUCAUCAUCAUCAUCAUCAUCAUCAUCAGCGGCAGCGGCAGCAGCAGCAGCAGCUUUUCAGUGUUUUACUUUGGAAUUUAACCUUUGUUUUUUCAAAAUUUCAAAAUCUAUUUAUUCCAAAAUUCAUAUUACGGUCCCUUGCGAGACCUUUCAAUAGGCCACUUCCGAGUUCCAAAAACCCUCACUUUCAAAAUAAGGCUAAGUGCACAACCUUUCUUGUGGAAAUGAGUUUUAUUUGCAGGAGAAUGAAAAAUCAUUCCUUAUCAAAGGUUGAGCACCUAACCUCGUUUUGAUACAGAGGCCUGGGGGAACUCGGAAAUGGUCUAUUCAAGGGGUGGUAUACUAUAAUAGAAUUAGAAUAAAUAUUAUUAUUAUGGAAUUCUGUAAGGCCGACAAGCCAUCCCCCUUAUAUCAGCUGUGUUGCCUAAUUUUAGGUUGGUUGUUCAGACGAAAGAAAAAAACCUAAAAAAAAUCACAGGAAGUCUGAGAAUAGGAGGCCUGAAACCCAGCAUCUUUGCCAUGGAGCCUGGAAACAACAAGACUUGCUCACUAAAGCAACACAAACUCAAUAUAGUGGAAAAUAUGAUGGUUGAUAUCAGAGUACAUCAAUUUAAAGCAAAAAAGAUACACCACUGAAAUUUUUCUGCCUGGGAAUGCUGUUACAAUGCUCAUUUUUCAGAUUAAAAGGUUAAACUUCAUUGUUCCUAAAAAAGCCAAAAAUUUGGGUUGUCGAAAAAAAAAAAAAAGUGAAAAAUAGGGGAUAGUCAUAUACCACCAGGAAAAAAAUAAUUGUUGUUAACCUUUCUCUUUUGAGGGACUGAUCAUGAUACUGUGAUAAUCGAAAACGCUCCAAAGAAAAUGUUUGGAAAUAGAUAGAUAGAAACCUUUAUUUCUAUAGGGUAACUCCUUCAGUUUUUGUACAAAAUAAAAACUCCUAUCCUUAGAGGUGAUAAUUAAUUACAAUAAUUAAAAAUAGCUAUAAAAUGUUAUAUCAAGGACUUAAAAAUUAAAUUACAAGUAAAAUCAUAAAAAUCUUAAAACCUGAAUCUGAUUAAAAAUUACACAACCAUGAUAAAAAAAGGCCUUUUUCGUACAUUCUAACUUUAUAGACGGGAAUCUAAGUUUACCGCUGCUCCUUGUUGUUCUGGGCAAUUUAUCCUUGUUAUAAUUAAAAUAGUGCAUAAAAAAGAGAUGGAAGAGAGUUUGUUAUUUUUAAAAAAAAAGGACGAGUGGUGAUAAUUUAGUCUUCUUUUUUUUCUCAGGAAUGACAUUCAAAGCAGUUUCCAAAGAAGCCACAAAAUUGACAGUGUCCUUUUCCAAACCUCCAGCACCAUCUGUUGAAGUAAGGAAUUUGACAAAUCAGAACAAAUCAGGUUUCAUUCCAUCACAGGAUCUUUGUCACAUGUUUUUCCAUCAUAAAUCACCAAAGCCAAAAUUUCCAUCCAUUGAUAAAGGUUCUGUGACACUAUUGAAAGCCUGUACUUACAUAAAAAUGUUUGAUGCUUCAACAGUAACCUGAUAUAUUCUGGUUUGAAUUAACAGGAUUUUUUCAUUUGCCAGGAUUUUUUAAUCUACCAGUAACAAUCAAUUAGUAAUAAUUCAGUAUUAAGGGCAUUUUACUUGAGGUGACUACACAUUAUAAAAUCCUUUUGUUUACUAAAUCCUUUCGUUUACUUGUAGCUAUUUGGCAUUAGUUGAUAGUAUCUGUUUCACGGUUUUAGUAAAAUCAUUAUAUUAUUGACUUAAAAUAUAAAAGAGAAGAAAGUAGUAUUUAAUAUUUGGUUGUCAUAAAACUGAUGGUUUCCUAGUUUCUUAGUUUAUCAUCUGUAACCAUGUCUUUUGACAGUGUAUUGAGUUUAGUUACUGGGUAGAUUGAAGAUUUUCUGUUAUCAAAUUACUUUGCUAGGAGCUGCAGUGUCUUUUGACUGGUUUUGAAACAGCAGUCAUUGCUAUGCUAACGAUAUAUCAUUCCUUGCCGCUGUCUCAAGGUAGGUUUAGGAUUGAAAGUACUUAGUACUGUUAGCAGUUGAGUUGGAUACUAAACUGUCACAAAUGUUUGCAUACCCAUCUGAGCAUUGUUUUCAAAAAGAAAAAGUAGGGUUUUAAGAGGUAUUCAUCAGUUAGGCUUGAAACAAUGUUGGGUUGAGGAUUUGAUACAAUUUGCUGUGCAUAAGUGUGAAUAAAUUACGCGGAUGAUAAAAUUCCUCCUUCAGAGAAGAGAAAAGAGCCAACAACAAACUCAUCCCCAGCCUGAGAAAAUAUUUUGCAACACCACCUCUUGUUCCCCUGUGAAAUGAUUUCUGAGAAAACAAGUGCAGAAAUUCCACACUGGUGAUGCGUCACUUAUGGGUAGUGCUUCUGUCUGGAUAAAGCCAAUUUUUUUAGCCAAUCAGAAGGCUGCACUACCCAGAUCUGGGUAGUGGUGCAACAUCAGUAUGGAAUUUUUGCAGUUGUUUUUAAGAUAUCAUUUAGCAGCGUCGUGUUGGCUGGUUUCUCAGGUUAUAACUUAUCCCAAAAAUUGCAUCAGUGUUAUGGAACUCGAGUGAACACUCUAACUUUUGCUCCACCACUGCUUCCCCAAAAAGUCAUAGCCCAGGGGCCCGUUUCUCGAAAGUCGUAGUAACUUUUCAGGCCCGAAAUCAAAUAUUCAAAUCGAAAUAUAAAGAAUAAGAGUGCGGUUCCUGGCUAGCAAACCACUCCAUUUUGUUUCAUUAACUAAUAGUUUUAUUAUGUUAAAUGCAAAACUACUGAAACCUUUUUCUUGCAUGUAAACCAAAACAGCUUUACAGGUCCGUUAAUUAUCAGGACUUUUGAGAAAGGAGCCCUAGGGCUGAAAAUAAUUAUUCUUCUCUUGAGAAGGACAUAUGUCCUAAUAAGACACCAUCUUGGUCGGACAUUUAACAAAAUUUUGGUUGGACAUCACCAUAAAAAAAGCUUGAACUUUAUUUGUAUAUCCUGUCCCUAAAAUAUGAACAAACGCAAACGUUUUGCUACUUUCGAGAAGCAUUAUGCUACCUUUCAAGUAAAUUAGAAGACAUACUAUGAUAAUGUAAAAGAAAACUUCAUUACCCAAGUCAAUUUUGUUUUGUGACUUUGAGGAUUUACUCAAGGUGGAUUUUUAUUCUUUCUUACUGUAAAAUGAUUUACAAUAAAAAAAUUAGCCAGACGUAAUGUCCGAACACAGGUAAGAUUUUGUCAGACUCUAAAAAAUUUUGGUUGGCUGAUGUCCCAUGACUGACUGUUAUUUGCAGCCCUGCAGUAGCCAGUCUGAUUAUCUUUAACCUUUUAACUUCCAGUAUUAUGCAAUUUCUCCCUUCUGUUCUCAUAUGUUUCUGAUAGGAAUAGUGGGGAGAAUCUGUGAAAUGUCAUUCUCAAUGCUGAGUGAUCCUCCUUUAAUUUCUCAUGACCUGCCAGGCUGCUUGAUUAAGCAUUUAUGUUUUAAUUGCGGAGGAAUUUGGUAACAACCACAACUGAGGCUUAAAGGGCUAAAUUCUAUAGGCCAUGUAAUAAUAUAUUAUCAUAUUAUUGCACGCAUUUUAGGCAUCCUACUGAUGAACAGUUAUUUUUUAGCAACUAAGAUAAUUUGCGGUCUGUCUACUUUGAAUUUGAAUAUAUUGUCUCAACUGUUGUACAACACGUUGGUUUUUAAUAGUUACUUGUUUAUUUUAAUCUAUUGAGUUGAAUCCAUAUCAUGUUCAUGAUUCGUACAAAACAGCUUUUUGUUUUAGGAAAAAAUCUUCACAAGAAACUUCAAGAAACUGUUAUUACUGUAGUAGAAGACUGCCAAGCUCUUGCAACAUCAUUUAUAAAGGAAGGUUGUUCCAGGUAUGGAUACUUGUAUAUUUCUUGUCUGUUUAACUGAUAUCGUAAGUAGGUAGAAGUUAUAUUUUGGAAUGGACUAAAGUUACACUCUAUUCGCCUUUAAUUAACCAGCCGUGUUACUUCUCGAUUGUAUACAGGGUCUCCAGUAAGCCCCUCAAACAUUACCAGUGGUAAAAAUUUGAGGAUGCCAAGUAUUAAUACUUAGCAUCAAUACUUACUAAUUGAUGCUUUGUUGAAAUGAUAAAGAAAUAAAAAAACUCUUCUUAACAAAUGGGGAGCUGAGUUAAAUAAAAUGGAGAUUCAAACAAAACGGUAGAUCCACCACACAAGUUUGAGAUAAAUAAUGCAAGGGAGCUUAUGCAAGAAAAUAUGGUGUUGCAAGUCACAGAGUGCUGGGCUAGAUUGGGUAAAUGAGAGUCCAAGAAUCUUCAUCUGAUGGGGUCCAAUGUUUCCUGUGUUUACGAUGUACUUCUUUGCAUAUAAAGAAGACAGCUUUUGCACCAAGAGCUUCAGUAAUAUAUUGAUCAUACAGGGCUCAAAAUAAUGGCAGAAUGGCAACUUGUCCAGCCAAAAACCUAACUAACCGUUGAUGUUAAGUGGUCACAUGCACUCUCAUUCUUUAACAAACAGCCAAAUCCUCGCCUGUAAAUCUUACAGUUUUGUAUUUUUGUAAAAACACAAAUAGUAAAUUUCACCAGAAUUAGUUAAGUUUUUUUCCCUUAAAUUUUUACUGGUCAGAAACAAGACUGACCAAGCAAGAAUUUCUUUGCCUGAUCAUUGUGUCUAGCAACAGUCUGAAAAUUAAUAAGUUUCAUCCCUGUCACACUUAAGUCCUUUAUACAGUGGUGGUAUAAGUCUGUUGUACAGUCCUUUAUACAACCUCGAUAUAACAAACCUCUUUAUAAGGAAGUAGUAAUAGUAAACGAUAUGAAAAAGAACCUCAAUAUAACGAAACCUCAUGAUAGCGAAGAUGUUGCCAGUCCUUUUGCCCUUCAUAAUAUUGAGGUUGCACUGUACAAUGAUCAGUUAUCAGGGCUGUGCUCUAGAAGAGCCCGGUGGCCCCUGGCACCCAACUGUUGCUCUUGGGUGACAAGAAGAUCUUAGUUUUUUCAUACAAAUCAUAUGCUGGGCACACUAGAUUUUACAGGUUCAGAGCACUGGGCUCCCUUCAAUUUUUCUUACAGCACAGACUUUUUUAAGCUAUAGAAUGUUGUCUUGUCUGCCUGUCUGAUUCUCUCUGAUUUGUCCCUUAUCAUGUACAGUGUUGCUAGUGCUAAGACUCAGUCAACUGGAACACUAUGGGCACACUGUGAUGGCCUUCAACAUCUUCCAAAAGGUUAAUGCUCUCAUUUGUCUACAGUGGAAUACUGAUAAUACUAGAGAAACUAUUCCAUGUCUUCUGAGAAAUAUUUGGCCUAAAUGGGUAUGUAGUGCAGAGUAUGGUUUUUAGGGUGUGGUAAUAUUCACUAUUUAGUGUCUUGAAAAGGGUGUCGUUUUGGGUUAGAAACAUUUGUGGUACAUGAACCAGCAACUUGUUUCCAAAAAUAUGGAAUUCUAUAAUCAUAGUUUAAAACAAUUACGUAAUCCUUUAUGUUAAACAAAGUAAAUCAGGGUCAUUAAUGAGGUCUCCUGUCUGAAAAAAGAGCAGCAAAUAAAAAUUAACAAUUUUUAUCUUAACCCGGUCAGGCGUCGGUGGCCCAUUCCUACCCAAAGUGCCCUUCAAAUCCCCUUAGGGUGGGAUGGGGGGCUCAUCAUUCCCUUAUUAUUUUUGUCCCCUCUUCCGCUGUAUAGGCAGGUACAAGGUUAUGUAAAUAAUGAUUGUUGUCUAUAGAACAGUAUGUUAUUAAGGAAGGAGUGACCAGGAUUUUGGAGUGAUUUUUUAGCUUUGAAAUUUUUGUUCCUUACUUUGGAUGCUGUGGGAGGAAUAGCAAGAAUUUAAUUAUUAUUGUUUGGACUACUUUCCUUUGGUACCCUUGAUAGUUCCAAGAGUGAUCAACACCAAUUUUUUUCUAACAUUAACAAUACAUACUCAAGAGAAAAGGUUAUAAGAACUAAGAAAUUGGUCACUAAAGGAAAAUGCUCUGAUCUUUAAACAAUUUCUCGCAACCAAUUCCUUAUAAGUAAAUGUAUGAAGACUGGCGUGGAGAAUACAAGUGGAUAUAAUGUGGCUUAGAGGGUAAAGGGGUUUUUGAUUUUUGAUUCCAUGGAUGCAAGUGAACAGGUGUUGUAAGUAAGGAUGUUAGAAUGUUACAAGGCAAUUAAAAGACGAUAGCAUUUAGGUUCUAAAAUGAUGAUUAUCUUUUUGUCAGAUAAUAAACAGGCAGUCAUAGCAGUACUGGAGUCUAAUUCAGAGCUCAUUAAAGAUGCACUGUCAGAGCUUGAUGAAGUAAGUAAUGCCUUUCUCUUUUUCAUCUGGGAAUGGUUGUUUUAGCCUGUUAACAUUCCCCCCCCCGGCCCCCAUUUCUAUGAUAAAAGAAAAUAUUGGGAGGGAGGGUCAGGGGAGGAGUUAUUUUUUAUUUGAUUUGAUUUUACCAGCUUUUCUAGACACAGGCCUGCCAAGAGGGAAUGGGCACAAAUGGGACUCAGGUCCCAUGCGAGGUGCAAUCCCUACCCAAUCCCACAACCCGUAAAGGUUGGCCACGCCACCGAGGUGUACGUCCCCUACUCUUUUCAAACAGUAGGGUGGGUUCUUUUAUGUCCCCCAAGAACAGAUCAGUGAAAGUGGUGUGAGACGGGACCUACGGUUUUUCGUCCUUACCCGUGAAGACUAGAAAGUCUGACCGUUUGCAGAUGUCAUUACAAAGGCAGCACUUUCUUCUCAGUUAUUUAGAGACCCUGACUGUUGGUCUGGUCAGGGUUUGAACCCAUGACCUCCCGCUUGGCAGACUGGCACUCUCCCAACUGAGCUAACCAGGUGGUGGUUAAACCAGUUUGGCUGGCCACAGGCUAGUGUUCAAAGAUUUAUCAAAUUUCGUUUAUAGAGGCACAGUCUUUGGCUAUGUGUAUGAUGUUGAUUCCCAAGACUGUUACAGAUGGUGCACUGGUGCAAACAGUGCACCGGUGCACUAGUGUAUCGGUGCCUCAGUGCACUGGUGCACUAGAGCAGAAAAAAGCUUCAUAUUCAUAAGCCAUUGUCAGAGUAUUAAGAAUGAUCAUAAAUAGAUUUUUUAAUUGUGUAUUAAAGUAAACGGUGCCGAGUACUGAGGACUUGUUGUAACAUCUUCCAAUUCCCUUUUCAAGUCUUGAUUAGCGUGGAGGGUUGAUCGAUUUAAAAAAGUGAACGGUGCGGUGCACUGUGCUCUUUAAAUAGUGCACGAGAGGGUAGAAUUUUAUUUCAUUCUAAUUUGGAAGAAGGAGGACUAACACUAGAAAGCUCAGAAAAACAUCGACAUUGCAUUUACCCUGUAUUCGGAAAAAAUUGUAUACUGCCCUACAACUUACAGCCAUUUUAAGUUAGUUCAUGGCACAAUUCAGCGCACUUUCUGAAGAUGUGAUUUUGCACAUUUUUAGCUUCAUACCUUUUAGGCUUCCGCGAAGAACCAUUUGUCGAGUCUUCAAAAUGUGGCACCGAAUGGCUUCUGAUCCAGCAAUAGUGAGAAAGGCCUCGAGUCAUGAGUUUGAAUCCAUUCGCUUGUGCGACACUAUAAAUGAUUGUCAGCUCAAAAAUCUCGUUAAAAGAAUUAUUUGGGCACGCACUGAAGAUGUUACAGUGCUUGAUUUGGCAAAAAUUUCCAUAUCAUGGGAAUAUGUCGACGACGUGUCCAGAAGAAGUCACUGGAGAAAGUUGCGUUUUCUUUUUUUUUUGGGUGUCUUAUUUUUAACAUCCUCACAGGGAGGUGCUUUUUUUUGCGCUAGAAUUGAACUGAAAUGUGAACUGCCGUUUUGAAACACCCCGCAACAAGUCAUUUUUUACCACGUCAUUUCCCUUAAACCCAGAAGUUACAAUCAAGAGGCCCAAUUUGACACCGGGAAAAUAGAAAUGUGAUACUAGGUAUUACCGGUAUAUAACAAGCUUACCCUAGAGAAUUUGUUUGUUAAAAAAAGUUUCUUCAGUAGUUUCUCGGCAAACCAAAGCGACUCCUUGCUCAAAAUUGACUUUACCCGGUCAAAAAAUGUCUACUCGUCUAGCACUUAAAAGUUACAAAUACGCUUUAUUUUAUUUUCCCCUGGACAACACCCUGGAAACGGCAAAGACAAGUAAAAUUGUCUCGAGUAUGGCAAAAGUUAAAGGAAGCGUGGUGGAAGUUAACUGGGAUGCUGCAAAUCCAUGUAUUCCCGCUAAAAUUAUCGCCUUGACUGGUAAGUGUUAUUGUUUUCGUUCUGAAAUAGAGCAACAAGAACAGCUUUCCACCACAAAGUUCUUCAUUGUUUUUAGUACUAAUAUAUAAUCUUAGAUUUUUGGCUCCAAAAGACCACACAUGUUGUGAUUGAUUAAUAUUACGCCAGUUUCUUCAUUUGUACAUUACCACAAAAGGGCAAUUUCAGGACUCAAAAUAAUUUUCGGACUUGGGUGGCAGUCGCGUUACCCGACGAAAAAAUUUUUGCUCGGUCAAGACCGCCUUUUUGACACUUCAAAAUAUAGCAAAUGAAAAAAAAAAAAUACAAAAAAAGGCUUUAAGGUAGCAUCCAAAGAAGCAGAAAUACCGUAAAAGGUCUGCUAUUGAAAAGACACUGCGAAAGUUGAAUGAAGAUUUUUUAAGUUUAAAUAAUUCAAUACGCUUGCAAAUCACAAAAAAUAUGGACAAUAAAUGUAGAGUUACAAGAUUGUUGUCGAAAGCGUAACUCACGAUGGUGGACAUAACCUGUAAAUUUUAUUUUAUGGUAACUCAGUUAUGAUUAAAUUUCCUUCAGAUACGGAGCUUGACUUGAAACGGGUUCGAACAUCCUGCGCUGGUGAACAAUUGAAGCUAACAAGUGAAGAAAAGGACCUUGUCCAUCGGCCACGGUCAAGUAAACGAAGCAACAAAGAGGACACUACUGGACACCAACGAAAGCGUGGUAAAAAAAUUCCGCAGUGUUGAUGACCGUCCAAGCACUUGAAAACAAACCAGUGUUAUCGGGCGACCUCCAGUGACUAUUGAGCUGCGCUCUUCUCCACUGCCCUCAAUAGAGGGUAAUAGCUCAGUUGGAAGGUCCAAGCAACUUGCCGAUUGCCCAGCUGAAAAGCAUCUCAGCGCUGGCCUUGAGACUGAUACAUGUAACCAAAACGUUCCGAUAACUUCACAGCCCGGUAAUUUACUGACACCUUCCGCUCUGCCAGCGACUGAACUUCAACCAUCUAGUGCAAGCACUGAUCAAGUGUUUCCCCUUGAGAGUUUUGUUCCAACAUCUCCUGGAGCAGAAAUUUCCAUGGACGUUGAUAUUUUGCAGGAAAUAGCUACGUGUGAUGACUUUGGUAAUCAAAGCUUACCACCUCUGGCCAUAACGUACGCAUCAGCUGUUGCCGACGCCACUACAAAUACAACUACAUAUUCUGCUCUGCAGCCAGUUAAAACCACCUAUAAUGUUUUGCCCUCAGUGUCAUCUUUUGAUGUUCUUAACACUCUUCCGGGAGGUGCCAACCUUAGCCACAUAAAUAGGGGCCUAGGUACCCCUCUGUUUCCCACCCAACCCCCUCCGUUACACCAAGUGAAAAUAAAAGAGCAAUAUUAAAUACUCUUUCAUUGCUUCUCUCGAAUCAACAAGUCAUUUUGAACAAGGAAUGGUGAAUAAUCAGGCACCAACCUCUUCCAGAUCGGAAAACGUAGUGCAAUCCAAUAUUGCCUUGGACCAGUCGGACGAAAUACCUCAUACCUCAUGAUAGAGCUGCAGUGUAAAACAGGUUUUUAUUAUUAUUAUUAUUAUUAUGAUCAUCAUUAUUAUUAUUAUUAUUAUUAUUAUUAUUAUUAUUAUUUUUUCAUUUUGUGAUUAUAAUAAUAUUUGAAAAGGGGGCCCAAAUCACCAUGGUAGUUUUCAGUGUGGCCCUCAUUAGUUAAACAAUAUUAAUUCAUUAAGUAAGUAAGUAAUUUAAGACAAAAAGUUUAAUAAAAAUAAUAAUGGUGCUUUAAUGCUUAUUUCGUUGUAUCCGAUUGUGUUGUCCUUCUCUUAAUUUGGAGUAACAACUAUCAGUACAGGAAUUUCUUUUUUAUGGUUAACUUGCCUUCAGUUUUUUUGUUGUUGUUGUUGUUUUGAUUUGUUUUUGUUCUGUUUUGUUUGGUUUGUUUUUAUUUAUUUAUUUUUUUUUUUGGGGGGGGAGUCAGGAUCCCAGUUCAUUUUACACACAACCGCCUUCAGGAUUUCUCAGUUUUGUGGAAGAAAUUUUCCUUUCAAUUGCGUACAUUUGUGGUUUGUGACCCUCCUCCCCCACCCAACCAAGAGCUUCACUUGGUUUUAAUGCUCCCUUAUAAAUACCGAUUGUUUAAUUACUUCAAUUACUCGAAAAAGCUACAACGAUUUAUGCAAGAUACAUACGACACCAUUAGUUUUCUAUCGUUCUGUUUCUUGCUAAAUAUAAGAUGCUGCACACAAAGUAUUUGUCUCAAAUCCAUUUGGUCGUUUCGUAAACGUCAACGCAACAUAGGUCCUGCAUAACUCACUAGACAGUGCUUAGGAAUGACUUAGAAUCCAUUUAGCGAUUCAAGAAUAUCAAGAUGCUCAGACAGUUCAAUUAUUUCCCUGUCGUUGCUUAUCUGACUUUCAAGCUCAGGGCAGAUGUAGAGCGCAGUAGCCGUAUAAACGACCGCCAGUUUUCCUUUCUCUAUACAGUAGGAAUGAAGGGAGGGAUCGUCUUGUCGUCUUAUCAAGAAGUGGCCCCUUUCUACUUCAGCUCCUGGUGGAAAGCACAUGCCCCAGUCAUCCUUAACCCUUUUUCGGAGAUGCUCUGGGCCAUUUCCAGUUAUUUUAAGUAAGUAAUAUUCUUCCCCAGGAUCAGGAUUGACUUUCUUCACUAAGAAAAAAAUUCGCCUUUUAAGUUGCACGUUUUCGGACUGGUAGCGUGAAGGAGACGGAGUCUUAGGGUUAUAUUGAGCAAAAUUAUAAAGGUCUUCCUGCCCCUUAAUAACUGCCAUGUCUGCCUUAUGUCUUAAAUUAGCCCCUGCGCCAUCUUGCGGACCUUUAGUCGUUCUGUAGCCAAAGUCUGAGUUGGAAAAGGAAACAUCCCCCAUACAGUGACGACUCUUGUACUGGGCAGAACAGCCAUCAGUCCACUCGUGCAUCACUUCAACAUCGUACUUUAUAUCUUCUAGAUAUUCUGCCACCAGUUUUCGCACCUGAUGGACUGAGUGGUGGUCAUGUUUUGUGUCUGGGGAAAUAACAAAAAUGUGUUCUGUAACGAUGACUGGCUCCUCUAAGGUGCUGUCAACACCAUCAACAUCUUUAAUCGCGUGCUUGUGUAAAACAGUUACAUGUAUGGAUGCCUACGUUUGGGAAUAAUAUUGGCUCUGCAACUAGUUCUGACUUGUGCAGCUAUAGUUCUCUGAGUAGUCAUGGAUACAACAUACGUGCUCAGGGGGUAGAUGUUCUAUCAGAUCUUUCAUCUGUUUGCUUUGCCAACUUGCACGAAACUGGUGGGAAGAAAAAUCACGCAGUAAAGAUUUUAAGUUAUCAAACAUGACACCCGGAGUUGUUUUUUUCUUCAUCAGCUGAAGCUUCUUCUUUUCUUGUCCAUCCUGUGUUUGGCCCAAUGGUACGUAUUCAAAUUUCUGCCACGUUACUAAGGGAGCGUUAUGGCUGACAUCUUUCUCUUCAUUCAGGAGCUCCAGUUUGUUUACGCCACAUCUAUCACAUUCUCUGUUAACGCACUCUUUGCGAUGAUAGCUAUUGCUUUCCACCUUAGGGCACAUCGUUUUGUUCACCAUAUCAUUCAAGUGUUCAAAAAUUGGACAAUUUUCGUCUUGACCAUUCUUAGCAAUGACACUUCUACGAAAUUUUAAGGAAGAUUGAAAUACCAUCCGUGUCUCAACAUGAAGCCGACAACGGCAAGUAAUUUUGUCUUGGCUCCUUGGGGCCACUACGAAAAAUGGUUUGCGUGUUUCAAAACUUCUCUGACCCAUCUUAACUUCUGGAUGCUUGGCUUUAAAUUCUAGGUACGCUUCAGUCUGUUUUUUCCAACACUUGGUUUGCAUGACAGGUGUAGGUUCUUACAGCCACUCUUUUGCGAAUUGUGUCUUUCUUGUUACCAGUGGGUCUGGAAAUGCCAGGACUCGACCAGAAAUCGUACGCGAGCUUGCGGUGUUCAGAGGGGAUGGAAUCUGAUCGUGUCUGUCUUUCCCCUUUUCCCUCCCUUCCUAUCCCCCACCCCUCUCAACGCCCACUACGUAGUCUUUGUUGAAACUUACUGUAAAACUCUUGGAAAUGCAUUUCAGAAUGCAUGUCAGUGCUCCUGUUUGUAAACUGAUGAGUGAAAGGUUUUUAAUAGGCAUCAUCAUGAAAAUCCUUUCUGAGAAACUCACUUUUAUGAAUAGCAGAAAAGAACCUACACGUAUUGUCUCUGUGGGGUAGUGGAAAGGGAAUGCUAAUGAUUUGUUUUGAGAAUAAAAAGGGUUGGGCUUCAUGAAGAAAAGAACAUAUCAUUUAUCUUCCGUCAAAUUACUUCAUUUGUGAACUGGUUACCUGUACAUGUACGUACAGGCUGACAUGCCUCAAGGAUUCAUCAGGGAAAAAUUCAGGAUAACAUGAUAAUAAUCUUUUUUUCUAGGCUCAAAAGUGUAAUGGAUGUCAAGGUGAUAAUGAUGAUGAUGGCGAUGACACAGAAGCCAUUAAACAGGGUUGGUCAUCUGAAGAUAAACUGUUGGUUCCACCUUGUGUAGGAUUAGUCAAAGUAAGUGAUUCAGUUGAUUUCAAAGUAGACCCUCAUUAAUUGAUUGUGGAACCCGCUGUAUGACUGCCCCGACAACUCGCACAAAGCUAUACUGGCUGAACCUCAGGUUAAUUCACGCUUAGGCACAUACACCUAAUUGCAAUAACGUUGUCCUAGAAAAAUGAAAAAAGGAAAAAGCCAAAUAGAAAUUAAUUAGACUAAUAAAGCCACAUUCUUAGGGUGGAUUCAUUUGCGCACGUAGCAUUUCCAGCUAGAAUUUUUUUUAAUUGUUUUUUAGCUUUAAAACGAUUGGCCAAUCGAACAAUGCCUUCUGUAUAUUAGGGUUUUCUUUGGUGGGAAAACGAAGAGUCCAUGUUUUGAUCUCUUCAUCCAUUGGCAGACAAACAAACAACGAACACUUACCGGAACCAUUUUUCAAGGUCAUAAGAAAAUUGCUCCUUCAUUAUCUCCUUCAUUACCCUAAAGGAGCAUUCCGCGUAUGGAUGAAGGUAGAAAGUAAUGUUUUUGGAACGAAAUUGACCUAAAGCAGGAGUAUCCUCACGAUAAGGUUCUUAACACCUAAAUAAUAGGACUAAGUGACUUCAUGGCUGUGUAGUUAGGUGAGGAGCUUCGGGUGAAAUGAAUAUCGGGUGACUUGAGUUCGUCUAUACCACAUCUCUCUUGCUGUUAUAUCUGGCGUGAAAAGACGAUUUGAGUAAUUUCCUCAUUCACUUAGUCUCCAAUCUGCGAGCUACAAAGGAGACGUUGUCAACACAACCAACACAACAACAGAUAAACUUUGAGUCCCCAUCUGUCAUCUUCUCAUAAUUCUUUUUAGUUAAUAUGUAGCAAUUCGAAUUCGGCUUUAUAGUAUGACUCAAAAAUAACGUGUACCUUAAGGCGCGUCCCCCGCACCCAUUCCCCUUUUUCCCGUCCCUUCGGGUUGAUUUCCACUGUCGCGUAAUUUUUCCGUCCGUACGUACACACGUAAAUCUUCCGCGCGUAAAUAAAAUCGAAAGACAAUGUAUGGAAGGUCAUGCGUAUUCGUAAAAGUCAAAAACCCCGCUCAACUUUUACGUUUACGCCUAGCCUUUCAUACACUGUCUCUAUUUCAUUUAAGCACGUAAAUUUUACGUGCGUUCGCACGGAAGAAUUUCGCGACAGUGGAAGUCAACCCUGAGGCCGGAUUAAGCUGCAAUGCGAUAUCUUUCCCUAGGCCUGUCGAUCGUGCGUGAAGAAGAUUUCUGGAGCAAUUAAAACUUCAGGUCAAGUAACUUCUGUCGAGAGUAUUCAACAAUUGGACGAAAUGGCAGACGAGGUCUUAAGGACCAGUCCAAGGUAAAAAUAUUUGGCUUAUUAUAACAAUCACGGGCAGUUCAACCAUUGUCGUCACGUUUUGUUUGAAUUUCCAUAUCAUUUUGAAUGCGCAAAGGAAUCUUAUCCCCGGGAGAUUUGAAUUGGGUACAACAUUGAGUUAGCCGAAUAGGUCUAUUGUCGUCAUGUUAGCGCAGGAAAAGCGCGAGAGAUAGACCCUUCCAAAGACCAGUUAGCGAAUAUCAAUUGACACUGCUGGAAAGAGCGCCUUAAAAUCAGGAAAUUUACAGAGAUAUUACCCCAAACAGUUGUGAAAUCUUACAGACCUUUUAAUGGUUGUGAGACGAACUUUCCUCCCUCCACCUAUAUACAAACGCCUGUAAAAUUCCGCGAAUUGCGGAGCUAUAUCUUUGUUGGCUCACUACAAAUGAGAAAUUUCGCUGAAAAUUGAUUGGCAUGUUCACUAAUUUUAAGGGGUUCUUUUUAGCCGUGUUGACGGAUUUCACUAACUGGUCCCAGUCAUAAGUUUUUAACAAACCUUGGAAGGGUCUGUUUUCCACUGACUGAACUAGAAUACAUUAGACAGUCACUGUGCAAUCAUCUGUUAGCUGUUCUGUACGCUAGCAUGGUGUUGUACCGUAUUAAGAGUACUUCACUAAGGGGUCAGAGCUUGCACAGUAGGCGUUAUUUAGCCUAGCGUGAAACGUUAUGCACGGUUAAGCGCAAAUGAGAAAGACAAGCUGGAUUAGUAUACUGAGAAACGUAGGGAGUGACAGGUACAGCUGAGGCAUGAAUACGCGCGUGGUUUUAUUGAAGAGGACUGAAAGUUAAACGCACAUGGAAGAAGCCAAGAAGCGGGAAGAGAAAAAGACAGCCAGGAUUCUUAAGUCGUAGUGUAGCAGGGCGCGAACGGUCGGAGCGAGAACAGAGAGAGGAAAAACAAGAUGUCUUUUUUUAAAGGGGAGGAGAGAGAAGGGGAAAAGGAAAGGAAACUAGUUUCUUUGCCUUCCCCCGCUUCGUUUGUAUUGCUAGCGCCCCAUAUUCUGUACUUUAUACGGCUCUGACGUUUGUUUCUUUUUCCAUUGCAGUGUCGAUGAUGUUGUUAUGAGUCUCUAUUAUCCAAUGAAUCGUCAAAAUGUCAAGGAAUGUGUAAGUUAAGUUUGCAUUAUGUGUAUAAUCCGUGUGAUGGGAAGUGAACUUAAUAUGUAUCUCAAGCUAAAAAAUGUUGCUUUUCGCAUUUUUUCUUCAAUACAGACAUCAAAGCUAGCUGAUCAGUUGAAAGAGUUGCUUACCAGGGCAAGGUAAAAACCUUGACAUGAAACGUUUUAUCUAAUUUUAUAGAAGUUAAAGUAGCAAGCAUCUCAAAAACGGUCGUGUUUAAGUACCGUAAAAUUCCGAAAAUAAGCCCCUCCAAGUAUAAACCCCUCCAAAUAUAAGCCCCCCAAACUCGUAACGCAAAAAACCCUCCGUUAAAUCACCCCUCCAAUAUAAGCUCCCCCCCCCCCCGGGCGGGCUUGUACUUGAAAAUUGCCCUCAAGUACAAAGUAAAACAAAGAAAAACGGUAAAUUUCCUUCCAAGAAUAAGGCUAUCCCAAACGAUUUGGAAACGCAAAUUUCCAUCCGUAGAUAAGCCCCUCCGAAUCUCAUGAUUGCACGAGCUUGUAGUUUGGUGAGUUAUCAAAACUGAGUCAAGUUUAAUGCAUGUAACAGGUUUUAAACGCGAGAAGUCGCUUUCGGGCGUGAUCAGGUUGCCUAUAUUCCCUUUGGUAGAUGAUGGUUUUCAAUUGAGCGUUGAGAGCAUUCCAAACGUAGUUGCACUAAUUUUCUAUUGCGACGUUAUGUGAUAUUGCUGAAAAAAUCUUGUGCUGCAUUGUGGACCAAUCAGUGAAAAGGUCAAAAGCAACGCUGACCUGCUCACGCACUUUUUUCCCGCGCUUACAAGCCAUACACUUCUGGCUUGAGUUCUAAUUGGUUGAUCGGAUUGUCUGCCCACUUCUGAUUGGUCAGAAUUAUUACUUUGGUUUUGGUUUUACGACGCUCUUCUUAAAAAGUGUUAAACUUUUUUUCUUUAGGAAUUCUCAUUUUACCGUGGACUCAGAUUCUUCUUGGCUUGACUUUUUGAACAAAGCAAUCGACCACAAUCAGAACAAAAUAACGGGUCUUCUUCAAGAGCAAGAAGGAUCAGAUACGUGAUUUAUUAAGUGAAUAACUAGUAAAUCAAUUCUGCCGAACUGAAUUAGGAGUCGUCAUUCUGCCGAGUAAAAUGAGUAAUGAUAAAAGCCCUAGAAGGCGAGAACAGAUCGGUCGAGUGAACAAAAGUGCACAUCACUACAUGUAGAAAUUCCUCCUCUAGUCUUCCUGUUCUUAAAGAAACGCUCGUGCCAAUUUAUAAAUGAUAUGGCUGAUAGUACCUUUUUAAAUUCAUGGAACAAGUUUAGCUGCUCUUCACAGAUCUAUUUGAAGUGAAGCAUUGAAU